AUGGCCCGGGAUUGGGCCCUGAGCGGGAUUAGGGCAGAGCCAGAUGGGUCAAGAGAUGUCCUCAGCAACAAGGGGUGCCAGCACAUGGUGGCCGCAGAGCCCAUUCCGUGUGUAGCAGUACACUGGGGACCUCAGGUGGACGCCGCUAUGGCAGCCAACCUGGGCAUCUCCGGCCACAGGCCCCGCACAGAGCUGGAUGACGAGGACUACUACCCCCAGGGCGGCUGGGACACGGUCUUCCUGGUGGCCCUGCUGCUCCUGGGGCUGCCGGCCAAUGGGCUCAUGGCGUGGCUGGCCGGCUCACAGGCCCGGCGGGGAGCAGGCACGCGGCUGGCCCUGCUCCUGCUCAGCCUGGCCCUCUCCGACUUCUUGUUCCUGGCGGCAGCAGCCUUCCAGAUCCUAGAGAUCCAGCAUGGAGGGCACUGGCCGCUGGGGACAGCAGCCUGCCGCUUCUACUACUUCCUGUGGGGUGUGUCCUACUCCUCUGGCCUCUUCUUGCUGGCAGCCCUCAGCCUGGACCGCUGCCUGCUGGCGCUCUGCCCGCGCUGGUACCCUGGGCGCCGCCCAGUCCGCCUGCCUCUCUGGGUCUGCGCUGGGGUCUGGGUGCUGGCCACGCUCUUCAGUGUGCCCUGGCUGGUCUUCCCCGAGGCUGCUGACUGGUGGUACGACCUGGUCAUCUGCCUGGACUUCUGGGACAGCGAGGAGCUGCCGCUGCGGAUGCUGGAGAUCCUGGGAGGCUUCCUGCCAUUCCUCUUGCUGCUCGUCUGCCACGCGCUCACCCAGGCCGCUGCCUGCAAGACCUGCCGCCGCCGGCCGAGGCCCGCCGCCUGCCGCGGUUUUGCCCGUGUGGCCAAGACCGUUUUGUCAGCCUACGUGGUCCUGCGGCUGCCUUACCAGCUGGCACAGCUGCUGUACCUGGCCUUCUUGUGGGACAUCUACCCGGGCUACCUGCUCUGGGAGGCGCUGGUCUACUCCGACUACCUGAUCCUGCUCAACAGCUGCCUGAGUCCCUUCCUCUGCCUCCUGGCCAGCGCCGACCUCCGGGCACUGCUGCGCACCGUCCUCUCCGCCUUCGCUGCGGCGCUCUGCGAGGAGCGGCCAGGCAGCGUCACGCCGGCCGAGUCGCAAACCCAAGUGGACUCUGCGGGGCAGACUCUGCCAGAGCCAACCACGGAGGCCCAGUCACAGGCGAGCCCCACGGCCCAGCCACAGACGACCCUCAUGGCACCUGCAAACCCCAAGGCCCAGCCACGGUUGGAUUCUGUGGCCCAGCCACUGGCAGAUCCCAUGGCCUCACCACCGCCGGAGUCUGUGGUCCAGCCUCAGCUAAAUUCCACGGCCCAGCCCCAGCUGGACGCUGAGGCUCAGCCGCAGCCUAGCCCUGAGGCCCAGACCCCUGGACCCACUGCCAGCUCAGCCUCUAGCCCCUGUGAUGAAGCCUCCCCUGACCCAUCCACAGAUCCCACCCCAGAGGUCCCUGAGAGCCUGGCCACACCUGCUGCCUCUGAGGGAGAAAGCCUCAGAGAUGCCCCCCCAGAGGAGGCUCCCAUCACAGGCCUCACGUGA